AACUUUCAAAAAGCAAAUCAGAUCAACAAAAUUCUGCUAAUGCUAAAUUUGAGUUGGCUCAUUGUUAUGAAUUUAGAAAAGGAAUUACUAAAGAUAUCAAUAAAGCACUUAAACUCUAUUUAGAUCUUUCAAAAA